AUGGCAGCCAUUAACUUCGCCGCCGUAUCAAUGUGGCUGCCGGAACUCUCUUCCGGGAAAGGAAACACAUUCCGGAGUUCGUUUGUUUUAAAAAAGAGACCCGUGGCUUCAGUCUCUGUCGCUGCAAGCUCAUCGGAAUCCUCACCUCCUGUGCCGGAAAAGCCUGAAAUUGAGCUAGAAUUCAUCGGGCCGAAGCCAGACGGCGACAGGAGGUAUCCGGUGAUCAGAGCUAAAGAAAUAAGUGGUGAGAAGCUACUGCGGAACAUCAUGUUGGACAAUAAGAUUGAGCUUUACGCCACAUAUGGCAAAGUAAUGAACUGUGGAGGAGGAGGAAGCUGUGGAACUUGCAUUGUGGAGAUUCUGGAUGGAAAAGAUCUUUUGAAUGAAAGAACCAAUACUGAACUUCGUUUUUUGAAGAAGAAACCUGAAUCCUGGAGGCUUGCUUGUCAAACUAUUGUUGGAAAUAAAGAGAAUGCUGGCAAGGUUGUGGUUCAGAGGUUGCCCCAAUGGAAGAAAUGACUAGGAAUUUUAGCUUAAGAAGGAGGCAUCAGGUCAGGCCAUCAAAAAUAUCAAUUGCCAUAAAUUCAUGGUAACCUUUCAUAAGAAUCCUUAGCUUGGCAUGCAAAUGCUUAUUAACUGUAUUCAUUAUACGCUACCUAUAAUAGGAAAAGAUUCAAUGACUCUGCACAAAAUGAAAUUGGUUUUCUCA